AUGCUUUCACGGCAGCUUCCGGUGCAAUAUACACCCACCAGCUUCGAAAUCCCAUCGAUACAGCGGGGUAAAAAGCGGCACCUGUCCGACACUGAGGGAGAAAGCGAUGACGCAAAUCAUGGGAUCAGGCCACAGCUAUCGAUCCUUCCAUCAGAAUCAUCUGCUGAACCGACCCACCACUCACCCGAGAUGCUCUUCUCAGUUCAUGGGGAUGCUGGGCAACAUCAUCAGAUGCAAGGCCACGACCUUGGACCGCCGGAUUCGGUGGCCCUCCCACAACAUCACCACCACCAUCGUCUUCCCCCACACGCGUCGUUACGCGACUCCCAGCGCCAUGGUAUGAAUAUGGAAUCAUCUCCAUUCCCAUCUGGCCCGCCAAGUGUGGUAGGUCAGCCUGGGAUGCCCGAUCCGGCACCCAGGCCACGGGGACCCAAGCUCAAAUUUACGCCGGAAGAGGACGCUUUGCUGGUAGAACUGAAGGAGAACAAGAACUUAACAUGGAAACAAAUCGCCGAUUUCUUCCCGGGCCGAACAAGUGGUACAUUGCAAGUCCGGUACUGCACCAAGUUGAAGGCUAAGGACGUGGCAUGGAGCGAUGAAAUGGUCCAACGGCUACAGCGUGCAAUUCAGGAGUACGAGAACGACCGCUGGCGUAUCAUUGCGGGGAAAGUUGGCAAUGGCUUCACACCAGCAGCUUGUCGAGAGAGGGCUUCUCAGCUUGAAAACCCUCAAUGA